GAGAAGGCGAGAUGAAACUUCCUGGUGUCAGUGGCUUUAAUCUUGGUGUGUUUUUACUCAGCACUUUGGUACUUUCUUUGGCUUAUUUGCUGUAUCACCUGGAGAAUUCUGACCCAGGGCCUCUACCCAUCUCUAGUAUGUCUCAGGAUAUAAAUAAUCUCCGAGAAAUGUAUAAGACACUGAAUAAAUCUUGUUUCAUUCUUGGAGCUUCUGGGGAGACGGGGAAAGUGCUGCUAAAGGAGAUUGUUCAAAGCCAACUCUUUGCCAAAGUCACACUUAUCGGCCGCAGAAAACUAACCUUUGAGGAUGCCACCUACGAGAAUGUGGUAGGUUUUCUUUAUCUUGAUUAUCUCCCAUUUACGUGAUCAUAGCCAACUUGAUGGAACUGUGGUACUAA